AUGAAUAUCAAAGGGAGUUCGGAGUCGGAAACACCGAGGUUGAAAAGGUGUAAAACUGAACAAGUAUCCUGUUCUUAUAAUAAUGGUAUUUCUGGUUAUAUUAAGAAACGGAAGGUGAAUGAAGAUGAUGAGUUUCAGCUGUUUGAAAAUGUUGUUGCUGAUGGAAUUUCGUUUGCAUUUGAACAAUCCUUUGGUGAUAAUGGCAGAAUCCCAGCAUCUUGGCAUACUGAAAAUUUUUGUCAUGGUGAGGGCGAAUUGAAGAAUCAGAAUGAUCACAUGAUAGAAAAUCGUGUGGAGCUUUACUUUUCACCCCUCGUGAGAACUUCUCGUGGUCGUGUUCAGGUACUUCCCUCACGUUUUAGUGAUUCUGCUCUUCAUCCUUGGAUGAAAGAGGAUAUGGGUACAAGUUAUUUGGAAUUAUCAGAUAUCAAUGUAGGGAUUUUAAAUACUCAUAAGAAAAGAAAAUACAAUAAGAAAAGCUGCAAAAUUUUGGAUAAAGAGAAUAGUUUCAGCUACCCAAGUUCUAGGGUUGUUUCUAAGUUUGAAGAAGUAAAGAUUGAAAGGGGAUGGGAUGAAAUCGAUUGUUUGGGAUCAAGGAUCAGUAGUUCACUUACAUCAGUUUGUGAGCAGCUGAUAUCCAAUGAGCUUCAAAAUGCAUCAAAGAAGAGCUCAAUUGGGAAGCGUAAGGAUUUUUAUCGGCUUGAAGACUUCGUUUUAGGUGAUUUAGUUUGGGCUAAAUGUGGGAAGAGGUAUCCUGCCUGGCCGGCUAUUGUUAUUGACCCAAUGUUGGAAGCUCCUGAAAGUGUUCUGAACUCCUGUGUUGCUGGAGCUAUCUGUGUCAUGUUCUUUGGAUACUCUGCAAAAAGAAAAGAAAGGGAUUACGCAUGGGUGAAACAUGGAAUGCUCUUUCAUUUCAUGGACUAUGUUGAUAGGUUUCAGGGACAGACACAGCUGCACAAGAGCAAGCCUAGUGACUUUCGGAUGGCUAUAGAGGAGGCUUUUUUGGUAGAUAACGGAUUUAGUGAGAUGUCAAUGGAAGGAGUGCACACGCCUAAUGAUCAAUCAAUUUGUCUCCAGUCUUUUCCUAGAGGGAUCAAACGAACAAUUGAUUCAAAUAAGGAUCAGGAGUGUCAUUCUCACGACCAGGCUUUGCGCCAGAAGAAACACAUACUUCCUUGUGAUGGAUGUGGCUUGAGCUUACCAUUUAAAGAUACAAAGAAAAGGAAGGGUUCAAUAUCCAAGAGGCAGGUCUUAUUUAAGCAUUGUACUAAGUUACUAAAAUCAAAGCAAUAUUGUGGAGUUUGCAAGAGAAUCUGGCACCAUUCAGAUGGUGGGAAUUGGGUUUGCUGCGAUGGAUGUGAGGUUUGGGUCCAUGCAGAAUGUGAUAACAUUUCCAGUGACCUUUUCGAGAAUCUGGCGAAUACCGACUAUUACUGCCCGGAUUGCAAAACGAGAUUUAAUUUUGACUUAUCAUCUUUUAAAAACUCACAGCCAAACACUAGUGUUGUAUGUAAAUGUAGCUCAUGUGGAACGCAGAAGCAACAAUCACCUAGGGAGUGGGAGCAGCAUACAGGUUCCAAAAAUAAAAAUUGCAAGUCUACUAUAAUAGUGAAAGGAUCAACAAUACCACUAGAACAAUGGAUACUGCAGGUUUCAAAAUGUCUUGAACACGGUCUUGUUUCAACAAAAACUCCAAAGACACCUUCCUUGGAGCCAAAGCAACAAAAAUUGAUUGAUUUUUUUCAAGAGAAGUAUGAGCCAGUUGUUGCUAAGUGGACAACGGAACGAUGUGCUGUUUGUAGAGGGGUUGAAGAUUGGGAGGACAAUAAGAUAAUUAUCUGCAUCAGAUGUCAAAUAGCAGUCCAUCAAGAGUGCUAUGGGGCAAAACAUGUUCAGGAUUUUACGUCCUGGGUUUGCAGAGCAUGUGAGACACCUGAUGUCCAGAGGGAGUGUUGUCUUUGUCCUGUAAAAGGUGGUGCUUUGAAGCCAUGUGAGGUGAAUCCAUUGUGGGUUCAUGUUACUUGUGCUUGGUUCCAACCUGAAGUAUCUUUCUCAAGUGAUGAGACAAUGGAGCCAGCUGUUGGAAUCUUCAGCAUUCCAUCAAGUUCCUUUGGGAAGGUUUGUGUGAUCUGUAAUCAAGCACAUGGUUCGUGUCAACAGUGUUUCAAGUGUUCUACUUGUUAUCAUGCGAUGUGUGCAUCACGAGCGGGGUAUCAAAUGGAGUUCCACUGCUCGGAGAAAAACGGGAGACAAAUUACGAAGAUGGUCUCAUAUUGUGCUUUCCACAGAACCCCAAACCCAGAUAAUGUUUUAGCUGUAAAGAAUUCCGCAGGGAUUAUAUCUACAAAAGGAAUGCUCCAAGAUAAGAAUCGAACUGGUGCAAGACUUACUUCAUCUAGCAGAACCGUACUUUCUGAGGAUUUACAUAUAGAAAGUGAUCAUUAUAACUCGUUGUCUGCGGCGAGAUGCCGUAUCUAUAAACAACAGCACAAAAGGAGAAGUAUGGGAGAUGGAGCGAUACCCCACAUAGUAAUGGGGCUUCACCAUCAUCCAUUGCCCAUGAUCGAAUGCUUAAACACAUUCAGGGAAGAAAAGCUUUUAAAAUCAUUUACUACAUUCAAGGAGCGCCUUUAUGACUUGCAGAAAACUGAAAAGGAGAGGGUUUGCUUUGGGAGAUCUGGCGUACAUGGAUGGGGACUCUUUGCACGCAAAGAAAUUCACGAAGGAGAAAUGGUUCUUGAAUAUCGUGGUGAACAAGUCAGAGGAAAAGUUGCAGAUCUAAGGGAGGUCCGCUACAAGAAGGAAGGCAAAGACUGCUAUUUGUUUAAGAUAAGUGAAGAGGUAGUAGUUGAUGCCACCUAUAAAGGGAAUAUGGCACGCUUAAUAAAUCACUCGUGCAUGCCAAAUUGCUACGCAAGAAUCAUGAGUGUAGGUGGUGAAGAAAACCGGAUUGUACUCAUUGCCAAGAUGAAUUUGUCUGUUGGUGACGAGCUAACGUAUGACUAUAUGUUUGAUACUGACGAGUCUGAUGACUUUAAAGUUCCCUGCUACUGCAAAGCGGCAAACUGCCGGAAGUUCAUGAAUUAGGCUAUUCAGUUAUAUAAUAAGAGGUGCCAGUCUUUCUCCGUUUUGGAGCCUAGGUCACAGUCAUCGCAGUUUUUGAUAACCCACUUGUUGUAUAGCUUCUUUGAUUUAUACAUCUUUCUUAUGAUCCUAGUUGACAACAAUCACUCUUAUCUCUAGAUUUAGAGGUAGUGUGCUCAGCUAGUCACUCAUCACGAUAUGUUUCAUACAUAUACAUAAUUUCAAAAUUCGAAAUACAAAGCUUCAGAAAAAUAUUACUCCA